AAGACGAUCGAAACGUUUAUUGUUUGCGCGUCGGCCGGGUCAGACAGUUUCGGCGUUCAUGUGCUGUUGAAAAAUUAUCUUGUAACGCGAAUUUGUCGUAGCUCGUCGUGCUACUGUCGUAAUAGCUGAAAAAAUGCAGGGCACUAUAAUCGAAAACCUGAGCGGCAAAAAGCUAUCAGUGCUAGUUGUGCUUUUAAUAAUCGCACAAGUAGUUUGCUUCCUUAUAGGUGGCUUAAUUGCACCUACUCCUGCGAGUAGUCAAAACAUUCUUGGUACACCAUGUGAGGACAUUCGUAUCAAUGGAUCUGAGCUUGGUGGGAACAAGUGGUUUUAUUCAAGAGGAAAAGAUGCUUGUACUCCAGUUGAUAUAAAUCGCUAUAGUUCAGAUAGUCAUCAUCAAGCUUAUCAAGUUGUGUACACAUUUCAGAUGCCUGUUCCACGCAACAGCAUGCAACUGGAUUAUUCAAGAUGGCAGCAAAAUUUAAUAGGUGUUUUACAAGUGGACAUAGUUUAUAACAGCCAGAUUGAAAUUGCUUCUAGGACAAAAAUCACACUGGAUGCACGACUAGCAUAUCGAAAUAAGGGAGAUCCAGAUAAUGCAUGGAAACCAUACGCUGCUUCUAUUGUAGAGAGAAUCUUGGAUUGCAGCAUAGAUAAUAAACAAGACCAAUAUAAUUAUAAUUGUGUCGUUGUACCAUUAUUUGAGUUGGGAUCUUUGUAUCAUGAUUAUUAUUUGUUAAAUAUUCGUCUUCCUGCUGACACUGACAAAAAUAUCAAUCAAGGAUUAGGGCACAUUGUUGAUUUAUGGCUUACAGCUAUUAAUCAAAAUGGAGGAUUCACGAAAGUGUGGGUGAGUUUAAAGACUAUUUACUUCCCAAUAGUACUAGGUGUUUUAGCUUGGUACUGGAGAAGAGUGCACAUGCUAUCCAGACCACCCGCACUUUUGGAAUACAUGCUCUUGGCUUUGGGUUCUGCCUUGACAUUCCUAAAUCUUCCAUUGGAAUAUUUAACACUCGCUUAUGAUAUGCCGUUUAUGCUUCUGUUGGGUGAUAUUCGACAAGGAGUAUUUUAUGCAACAUUAUUGUCAUUCUGGCUUGUAUUUGCUGGUGAACAUCUAAUGAUUCAGGAGGGUGAACAAAGUAAUUCAUUAAAGUGUUACUGGCGGCAUCUCUCAGCAGUCGGAACCGGGUGUCUUUCACUGUUCGUCUUUGAUAUGUGCGAACGCGGUGUACAACUGAGAAAUCCAUUCUACUCGAUUUGGGUAACCGAUGUUGGAACAAAGCUAGCACUGUCUUUUAUUAUCUUGGCUGGCAUAUCGGCAGGAGUAUAUCUGCUGUUUCUGUCUUAUAUGAUAUGGAAAGUAUUUACAAAUAUUAGUGCGAAGAGAGCAGUUUUACCAAGCAUGAGUUCGGCACGACGUUUGCAUUAUGAAGGAGUUAUCUAUCGUUUCAAAUUUUUGAUGAUAGCUACGUUAUUAUGCGCAUCUUUGACUGUUAUCGGCUUUAUAUUAGGACAGGUUGCAGAAGGUCAAUGGAAAUGGGAUGAUGAAUUACAGUUGGAAAUGACUUCUGCCUUUUUUACUGGUGUGUAUGGAAUGUGGAAUAUUUACAUCAUUGCAUUAUUGUGUCUCUACGCGCCUUCUCACAAGCAAUGGCCAAUUGAACCAUCUGAAAAUAGUGUUAGCGAAGAAAUCGAAUUCUCUCCCUUGCCAACUGAUCCAAACGAAAUGCUGUCUUUAACUGCGUUUGCACGAAAAGCAACAGUAGACUAAAGUACAUAUUUAUAUCUGUGUAUAUUUGUAAGAAACAGGAGGAGAUUAACAAACUCUUACACUUAAUGUACUUAAUUGUUAUAGGUAAAAUUUUUGUAAGUAGGAUUGGAUUUAGAUUUUUCACUAUUUAUUAGGGGCACAACACACUGACUGAUAAUACUCUUAUAGUAACGCAAUUUUAUAUGCCAAAUUCGAUUAUUUAUUGCUUCCGAUGUUUUUUGUAUACUUCUUUGUAGAAUCAUAUUGUAUAUGAUAAAAUGAUAAAAAGAAGGUCAUUUCAUCUCACUAUGUGUUAUAAGUCGUCAGUUAUAAGCACAAAUUCUGAGAUACAUUUGAGAUAUGAUCUGUUGUUUUUAUAUACAUAUUAUUUAUAGAUAUUUAUAUAUAGCAUAUAAUGCAAUGUGUACAUGUAGAUUAAAAUACAAAACGACAUUCAACAGUUAAAAUUAAAUAUUUAAGAAUAUAAUGUAAUAAGACAAUCAAACAUUUCGAAAGUUGCGCUCGAAUGAGAUGAAAUGACUUUACUAAGUAAGCAGCUAAUCUUUAUGAUUCAAAUAGGAUUUAUGAUUUUAUAUGUAUGUAUAUUAUUAUAUUACUUCAUAUAUAGACUUCUUGAGUCAGAGAAUCUUCAUUCGCAGAGCUUAUACUACUAGAUGAGACAUAUUUUGUUUUUUUAACGAAUACAUCGAUGAACUUUCUUAAUUAAGUUUUUCGCCAAAUAAGAAAAUCGAGGAAUUUUUUUCAAUAUAUUUUUUACAAAUUUAGGAAACUUCAGCAAUUAUAUACUUUUAAAAGUAUAAAAAAGAGAAUAUGUGAGUUAUAUUCUGCAUUUAUUGUCAAUGCAAUAUCCAUUGUUUCAUUCGGUUAGCAACAAAGAGCAACAAAGGUUAGUACAAUGCUGACAGCAUAUAGCAUUGAUAGUAUAUAUUAAAAUAAACGUUUUAAUAUUCUUUCGAUAAUUUUUAAUCUGACCACGUAACUCAUUUGUUAGUAUAAGAGCUGUGAGAAUCGCAUAUUUAUAUGAUUAGUUAAAUUAGUAGGGAAAAUUUUUUAUAUAUUGCAGCAUUCCAUACUUACUUACCGAAACGUUGCAAGUAUAAAAUAUUCGUAUAAAAUUUAUUGUAAUUAAUCGGUAAUAUAACGAGUAGAUUUAGACAAUGAAAUUUAUAUUAAGAACUCGUAAGAUGCUUAUUACUUGUCAUGUAUUAUGCAUACGAUGUGAACGGAGGCAGGAAUCCUUCAUGAAGAAAGUAACUCUUAAUUCAUUAUUAAAAUUAUAAAAAUCUCGUAUUAUUAUACAUAUCAUUAUUGGGCAUUCAUCUAUCAUUUGCAACACAUUGCAUUCGCUUACGAUUAAUAGUAUUAGGAAUCAGUAUUCAUUAUACUUAUAUAAUGUGGCAUACAUUUCGAAUGCAAAAAAUCUAUAUAGAAAUUAUGUGCCAACUUAUUUAAGUCCAUCAUCUAAAAAUAUACUUCAGCAUUCUAUUAAGCAUACUAUACUAUUUUAUACACACAUACAAUAUUAAUGCAAGUCUUUCAACUUACGCGUGCACUGCAUAGAGAUUUUUACAAAAAUUUAUAGGUGAAAUCAAAAGUUGUUCAAUGACAUUUUACAUACCAUCCUGUGUACUUAAUCUAACACUGAGAUACUUAACGCAGUACUUAUAGAAAGUACUUUAGAUUACAAGGUAGCAUUUGAUAAGUAAUGUGCAAUAAAGUUUCUCCAUAUUUCUCGAUUAUCUUUAACGUUAGUGCAUAUUAAUCACUGAAAUAGUAUAAUAAUAUUUAAACUAGGCAUACACACAGAUGAAGUUUAUGGGUGAUAAUUUCGCUUUUAUAAGUAAUCAGUUCUCGGAUUACCAAUUCAAUAGUGAUUCAACGAUUAAUUAUAUGUAAAGCCCUUUAAUAAUUUUUGUUAAUGAUUAAUAUAAUUUCACCGUUAAUUAUGAUCUUUAGCUACCGAAGAGAAAACAAACUGCGUAUUGUACCGAAAGUAAUUAUAUUUAUAAGUAAUUCCGAUAUGUGACAUAAUGUUGUACAACUAUUUUAUAUUGAGCGACAUUUUAUAAUUUAGUAAUUUUUAUACAUUUUUUAAAUAAAUAGAUUUGUUGUAGCUAUA